GCCACUGUUUGUCUUGUUCAUAUGUUUGGCGCAGUGGCGCGGUGCGAAAGGGCGCUCAAGUACAGUGUCACAUACAGCCACACUCCCGGAGAUAUGUCGGAAAGCGAGAUCCAGGAGGCAGACAGCGAUUGUCCAACCAAGCGAGGGCCAAGGCCGGCUGUGGGCAACAGAGUGACCGUGGUCCUGGGGGCUCAAUGGGGCGAUGAAGGAAAGGGCAAGGUGGUGGACUUGCUGGCUCAAGACGCGGACAUGGUGUGCAGAUGUCAGGGUGGAAACAAUGCAGGGCACACAGUAGUGGUGGACUCUGUAGAGUACGACUUCCACCUCCUCCCCAGCGGCAUCAUCAACCCAAAGGCCACUGCAUUCAUUGGUAAUGGAGUAGUGAUCCAUCUUCCUGGUUUAUUUGAAGAAGCAGAGAAGAAUGAGCGCAAAGGAAAAGGUCUCAAAGGCUGGGAGGACAGACUGGUCAUCUCAGAUAGAGCACACAUUGUGUUUGACUUCCACCAGGCGGUCGAUGGCGUUCAGGAACAGCAGAGACAAGAGCAAGCAGGCAAGAAUCUGGGAACGACAAAGAAGGGCAUUGGUCCAGUGUAUUCAGCAAAGGCAGCUCGCAGUGGCCUGAGAAUCUGUGAUCUUCUCUAUGACUUCGAUCAGUUCUCUGAAAGGUAUAAAGGAUUGGCAAAGCAGUACAAAGUCAUGUACCCCACUUUAGAGGUUGACAUUGAAGGAGAGCUGGCUAAACUAAAAGGUUGUAUGGAGCGUAUAAAGCCCAUGGUUAGAGAUGGCGUCCACUUCAUGUAUGAGGCUCUUCAUGGUUCUCCCAAAAAGAUUCUGGUGGAGGGCGCCAAUGCAGCUCUGCUUGACAUUGACUUUGGUACAUAUCCAUUUGUAACUUCUUCAAACUGCACUGUGGGUGGAGUUUGCACUGGCCUUGGGAUGCCUCCUCAGAAUGUUGGGGAGGUGUAUGGCGUGGUGAAAGCCUACACCACUAGAGUUGGUAUUGGAGCUUUUCCCACAGAGCAGAGCAAUGAGAUUGGUGAACUGCUUCAAACAAGAGGAAAGGAAGUGGGUGUGACCACUGGCAGAAAGAGACGAUGUGGUUGGCUGGAUCUUGUGCUUGUCAAAUAUGCACACAUGAUCAAUGGCUUCACAGCAAUAGCUCUGACAAAACUUGACAUUUUGGAUGUUCUACCUGAGAUUAAAGUGGGUGUACUUUACAAAGUGGACAACCAGCCCAUCCCUCACUUCCCAGCCAAUCAGGAGGUGCUGCAGUGUGUGGAGGUGGAGUAUGAGACCUUGCCCGGCUGGAACAGUGAUACAUCUGCUGCAAGAAGCUUUGAUGAGCUGCCUGAAAAUGCCCAGAAAUAUGUCCACUACAUCGAAGAGCAUUUGGGAGUGCCUGUUAAAUGGAUUGGAGUGGGAAAGUCCCGAGAGUCCAUGAUCCAGCUCUUUUAAAUCAAGAGGAGCCAGGUCUUCUUCACACAGCCAAACUACCUGUCUCCACUGUCGGACGCACUGUCGCCCUCUAGUGCUUUAACAUUGUACCCACGGACUGUGCCAGGGCCAUCCCAGUCUCUUUAUGGUCGUGUAAGAAUAUGAGGAAAAGAACUCUUCUCUGUAAUGACAUGCAGACAUAGGGUACUGCCCAAAAGGAACUGUGUCUAUAUUUAUGUAUUCUGUUUAUCUAUGCUGUUAUGAAAACGCUGUGCCAGUCUGUUGAAAAUUGUUUUUAAAAUAAUCCAAGAUUUGUUUAAAAAUUAACAAAUCUGUGCUUUUAUCAGAUGUUUUUAAUCUGUAACUUACUCUUGCAACAAAUCUACAGUUUUCAGUUAUAAAAGCAAUUUACGAUGUACAACGUGUGUCUGAAAAUGUCUACAUUAACUACAAAACUACAAAAGUGCAUAUGGACUCCAGUUCUUUGGAGUUUGUAUUCUUCUGCCAAGGGCACACUACGCUCGGAAAAAGGGAUCUUUAAAAUAUUUGUGUCACUUUUGGGUAACUGGGAGUUCUUGCCUUGUAUUCAACCAAAAAUGUAUUUUAUUGUAGCUAGAUUUUUUAAAUUUUAAGGUGGUGGUUGGUUUUAAUCUUUUGCACUGAGAUAACUCUGAAUGUAUUUUAUCUGUUUCCCACCACUAAUAUCUUUGUAUAAAACACUUUACUUCAUCUAAUCAGUUAUAUUUAAAUGCAACACUGUACCAUUUAUUGUACUGUAAUGAGUUAUCUUGCCGCAAAAAUAUAAUUUAAAACUGGUUUAACAAAUGUA